AUGAGUGUCGAAAAUCCAGCCAACGAUAAUGAUUGUGAAUCAGGAAAGGUAAAUGGCAAUAGAAAUGAACACGUGAACGGCGUUCACAACGGAUACAGUAGUUCUGAAAAGCAUAAGUCAAGUCACAAGUCAUCAAGUAAGGAUAAACACCGCGACAAAGAAAGAGACAGUAAGAGCUCCUCCAAGCACAGCAGAGAUAAAGAAAAAGACAAGCAUUCAAGCAGUAAAAAUCACAGCAGUUCACAUAAGUCAUCUAGCAAGGAUAAGGAGCGGAGUGAUAAAGACCGUGAUCGUGAGCAAAGCAGCAAAGACAAGGAUCGUGACAAGGACAAGCACCGUAGUGACAGGGACAAGCAUAAAGAUAAAGAUAGGACUGACAGAGAUAAGCACAAGAGUAGCAGCGAUGACAAGAAGUCAUCAUCAUCAUCAUCUAAGGAAAAAGAGAGGGAUCAUAAAAGUUCCUCCAAGGAUCACAAGUCAAAGGAUAAGGAUAGAGAAUGUGAAAAAGACAGACAUAAAAGUGAUAAACAUCGUAGUGACAAAGAGAAACACCGCAGUGACAAAGAUAAACACAGCUCUAGCAAAAGCAAAGAGAAGAGUGGAAAACAGGACAAGAUUAAGUCUGAAUCAGAUUAUCAAGAUUCUCCUGUUAAAGAUGAACCCAUGCAGAUUGAUGAAGAUGUGAAGCAAGAACUUCAGGAUGAAAGCAAUGAUUUUACUGGACUUAACACAACAGCUUCUUCAUGUGACUAUUCACUGUCCCAAUUUAAAGAUGAACCACUCUCAGAACUUCCUCCGGAAGAAGACAGUGAAGAGGAUUCACAGUCUGAGCGCACAGGUGUUAAGCGCAGAGCACCUAGUGAGAGUGAAGAAGAUAUUCCAUUACUACAGCGUAAGAAAUCAAAGAAGAAAGUUAAAAAAGAGCCUACUUAUUAUGAUGAUGAAGAGGAAGAAGAAGAAAAACCCAAAAAGAAGGCCAAAGCUGUAAAAACUAAACCAACCAAGACUAAGUCGGAGCCUGAUGAAGGUGCAAGUCCAACAAAACGCAAGAAAAAAACAGAAGAUGAUCAAGAAGUUUGGAAAUGGUGGGAAGAAGAAAAAAAGGAUGAUGGUACAAAAUGGACAUUCUUGGAACAUAAAGGGCCGGUAUUUGCACCACCUUAUGAACCUUUACCAAAUAAUGUUCGAUUUUUUUAUGAUGGUAAAGAAAUGAGGUUGUCCCAAGAUUCUGAAGAGGUUGCCGGAUUUUAUGCUCGUAUGUUGGAUCAUGAUUAUACGACUAAGUCCACAUUUAACAAUAACUUUUUUACUGAUUGGCGUAAAGUAAUGACGCAUGAAGAAACUAAAAUCAUAAAAGAUCUCUCAAAGUGCAAUUUUAAAGAAAUGCAUGCUUUCUUCUUAAAUCAAUCUGAGAAAAAUAGGAAUCGAACAAAAGAAGAAAAGGCGGCCUUGAAAGCUAAAAAUGAGGAAAUUCAAAAGGAAUAUGGUUUUUGCACUAUUGAUGGUCAUAAGGAAAAGAUAGGCAACUUUAGAAUAGAACCACCGGGUCUUUUUAGAGGUCGUGGUGAACAUCCAAAAAUGGGUAUGUUGAAAAGACGUGUCAUGCCUGAAGAUGUGCUUAUUAAUUGUUCUAAGGACAGUAAGAUCCCUAAACCGCCAUCUGGACACAAAUGGAAAGAAGUUAGACAUGACAAUACUGUAACAUGGUUGGCAUCAUGGACAGAAAAUGUUCAAGGACAAGCCAAGUAUGUCAUGUUGAAUCCUAGUUCUAAACUCAAAGGUGAAAAAGAUUGGCAGAAAUAUGAGACAGCUCGAAAACUUCACAAAUGCAUAGAUAAAAUUAGGGAAAAUUAUCGUGCUGAUUGGAAAGCUAAAGAAAUGAGAGUUCGUCAACGUGCCGUUGCUCUGUAUUUCAUUGAUCGUCUUGCCCUAAGAGCAGGUAAUGAGAAAGAUGAUGAUCAAGCGGAUACAGUAGGUUGUUGUUCAUUGCGUGUUGAACAUAUAGCAUUGCACAAAGAAAAAGAUGGCAAGGAAUAUGUGGUUGUAUUUGAUUUUCUUGGUAAAGAUUCUAUCAGAUAUUACAAUGAAGUACCAGUUGAAAAGCGUGUCUUUAAGAAUCUAGAAUUGUUUAUGGAAAAUAAAAAAGACAGUGAUGAUCUAUUUGACAGACUUAACACUCAAACACUUAAUGAACAUUUAAAGGAUUUGAUGCCAGGAUUGACAGCUAAAGUAUUCCGUACCUACAACGCCUCUAUUACUCUUCAAAGACAAUUAGAUGAACUCACAGAUCCAGAUGCUUCAGUUCCCGAAAAAAUUCUAGCCUACAAUCGAGCAAAUCGUGCAGUUGCUGUACUUUGUAACCAUCAGCGUGCUGUUCCCAAAGGUCAUUCCAAGUCUAUGGAGGCUUUGAAAGAAAAAAUACAGGCAAAACGUGAUCAAGUUGAUGAGGCAGAAGAGGAUUUACGACAAGCAUCAAAAGCUGCAAAACGCGGCUCAGUCAAAGAAAAACUUAAUUGUGAUAAGAAAAAGAAGGCCCUUGAACGUCUGAAAGAGCAACUGAAGAAGCUAGAAUUACAAGAGACAGAUCGUGAUGAAAAUAAAACUAUUGCCCUUGGUACUUCUAAACUGAAUUAUCUUGAUCCACGUAUAUCAGUCGCUUGGUGCAAGAAACAUGGUGUACCUAUUGAAAAAAUCUACAACAAAACUCAACGCGAUAAAUUCCGCUGGGCGAUUGAUAUGGCCGGUCCGGAAUAUAUCUUCUAA